AUGAUGUAAUAAGAUAAAAUAAAUAUUGAUGAGAAAACAUUGCUAGAGACUAUUGAUAGAAUCUCUGCAUAAUUAGAUUUCUUUGAGUCUAAAAUGAAAUAAAAUAUGAAUGUCUUAAUUCUUGUUGGUAAUACAGGAUCAGGAAAGAGCACAAUUUUUAAUUUUCUAUAAGGGGCUAAAUUCAAAUAUGUUGUUACUGAAGAAGAAGAAUAUUUAGAUUUAGCUGAAGAGUCAUAAAUGUUUUCAGAAAUGAAUUCUGGAAUGAAAUCAGUUACUAAAGAGCCUAAAUAUUAUUAUCAUGAAGAUUAUAAUCAUUUACUUAUUGAUUUUCCAGGAUUUCAUGAUACAAAUGGUGAAAUAGAUCAACUCAUUAUUUAGAUGAUUUUCUAUAAAUUUAUUACAAAAUCUAAUGUAAAAAUUGCAUAUGUAAUUACUCAUCCAUAAAAUGAUUUUCUAGAGAGAGGACAAGCAUUAUAAUCAUUUAUUAAUACAGUUUUCAAAGAAAAGAAUUUAGAAAUCUCUAAACUUGCUCUUAUUUUGAAUAGUUAUUCUUAGAAUUAUAAAGAUGAAAAAUUAAUUUACAGUGUUUAAAAAUAAUUAAAAGAAUUACAAGAAGGAAAACAUGAAUGGAUUUCUAUUAUAAGAAGAGUUUAAAGUUAAGAAUCAUUAGAUUAAAUCUUUUCGGAAAAGAAUAGAGAAAAGCUUUGGUUAGAAUUAAUUACUGUUAAUGAAAUUAAAUUUUAACCUUAAAUUCUACCUUUUAGUGAUAAAAUUAGUACCUAUAUUACAGAGAAAAGUAAUUUAAUAUUAAAAUAAAUAUGUUAAUAAAUGGAUUUUAAUUUAACAUUAAAAUAGAAGGAUUUAAAUGACGAAUAAUUCAUUUUAUUACAAAGUCUUAUUAAUUCAAUUUAACACAUUUUAUCAUCAAUACCAGAACAUGUUGAAGAUUGGUUCAAUAAAUUCAUUAAUGUUUCAUUAGAAUUAUCAAAAACAUUUCAUUUUGAAAAUGAUAUUAAUGAAAAUAGUUAAAAUUUCCUUAAAAUUUUUAACUUUUUCUCUUUUUUCUCUGAAUUUAUUUAUGGGUAUUCUGCCUUUGAAAAACAUUGUGAUUAAGUGUAAUAGAAAUGUUCUUAUUUCUUAGAAAAUUUAUAAAAAAAAAUAGAAUUACAAAGGGCAUAUGAAGAAAGAAACAGAGAAUAAUAAAAUAGAAUUAAAGCAGAACUUUAAUUUACAAAUGAAUCAUAAAUUAGAAUUCAAAAAGAAUAAUUGUAUAAUUAGGAAUAUGAAAAUCGAAUUAAGUAUGAAUCAUAAUUAAAAAUGGAAUAAGAAUUAAGAACUAUUUUAGAAUAGGAUAAAAAAGGCAUGGAAAAAUAAUAUCAAGAAUAUUGUGAAAAAUCUUUAGAAAUUUAAUCUAAUUUGGAAAAAUUAAUUUAAAAUGAAAAAAAUGAAAAAUUCCAAGUAGAAUAAGAUCUCAAAAAACAAUUGUAAGAAUUAUAAGGUAGAUUAAAUGAGAUGGAAGAAAGAAGAAAAUAGUGGGUAGAUUUUAAAGGUAAGGUUAAAAAUGAAUUUAAGGCUGGAUUGCAUCAUUGGUUUAAAAAAUGA